AUGGAUCGUCGUGAAGCAGCCUGCGCACCUAAAGGCAAGGGCGUCCUCGCAACUAUCCAGACAGUUAUCCAGGACACGGAGGCAAGGGUUAACCCUCAGCCGGUGAAGCUUUUUGGCCUUCCCUUUCCCAGGCUCUUUCAACCGAAGCCGCUGAAGCGGAAAAGACAACUCAGAAGAGCUACGAGGUGCUUGAAGAGCGCUUUCAAGUGCUUUGUUUACCCAUUUCGGUGCGUACUGCAGGCCUUUGCAGCCGAGACUGAGGAUUCCGUUAAGACCAAGAGGGCGGGAAUUGGGAAGCUGAAGGAGGAAAAGGCGAAGCAGGAGCUCCGAGCCCAGCCUGGGAGCACAGUGCGCUUUCCAGGAAGCCAGGAAAGCGACAAAACAUGGUUUCACCGUGUUUUUUUGUUACACAACGAAAGUACUCUUACGAGUGUGCGAGAGCAUCUGAAGUGUCACGAGGCAGGUUCCAGACUGCGCGAAGCAAUGACUUUGAUGGAAACUAAUCUGUGGGUUCGUCCUCGUAGCAGUUUCGUUGCGGAGAAAUUGCAGGGGCUGAGUGUUUUAUAG